AUGUCGGCAGUAAACAACCGUUCUUAUUGGGCUUGGAACUGCACCUACCCCAGUGAUUUGGCCCUUCCUUUGGUUCCCUACAUGGACUGUCCCUCCAACCGCAUGUACGCCUCCAACUUCAUACCUCUCAUCUUUUACACACUUUCCAUUCUUGGAACAAUUGGAAACCUUUGGAGCCUGUGGGCUUGCCUGCGUCCAUCCCAACCUUGGAGUAUUGGGUCCAUAGGUGUACUGAACCUGGCUCUAUGUGACCUUGCUUAUCUGGCAUCUAUGGGACCCUGGGCUGUCUACAUUAGCUCUGACUACCACUGGAAAAUUGGCCAUUCACUCUGCGUGGUGGUGAAAAUCCUAUACUUUGGCGGGUUGACGUCUAGUACCAUGUUCAUCUGCGCCAUCAGCACCGACCGCUUCCUUGCAAUCGUCUUCCCUCUGGAGUCUCGGAUGAUCCGGACCCCUCGGAACAGCGCACUGGUUUCGGUUCUACUCUGGGCCAUCACCGGCCUCUUCAUCUAUUUCAGUUAUCCUAACAUUCUCUACUGGGUCAGGAAGGAUGGCAUCCAUGUGUGUGGAGCAGUGGUGAUCUCCAGGUUCAGGACCACUGAAGCAACCUACAAUCAUCUGUCCUAUUACUCCAUUCAGGUUUCUGUCCCACUGCUCCUCAUCAUUCCCUCCUAUGUGAAGAUCAUUUCCCGGAUGAAGCAGUCACGGCAACAGUGGGGCCCAGGCAACAUGCAAGGCCUGGACAAGAGCAUCUGGCUGAUUGCGGUUUUCAUUGCCAACUUCCUGGUUUGUUGGGUGCCAGGGCAGCUGCUUCACAUCAUCGCCUGUAUCAUUUUCUUCAGUUUGGAUCACUGCAAAAACGCUUGCUGGGUUGCAUGGGUGGUCAACCUGCUCUCUGAAGCCUCCCAGAUACUGUACUGUCUCAAUGCAUGUCUUGAUCCUUUAAUUUUCCACAUGCAGCAAGGACACUGUGAACUGGUUGUGUUGGCAAACUGGGUUAGAAAGGUCUUACAGGUAGGUAAGAAACAAGAUUUGGAAGGGCCUUCAGAGAAACCGCUCAGUGUGAUCCAACUUCAUGGUGGUUCCAAAGACAGAACGGGCAAAACUCAAUAUAGUAAAAACAUGAAAAAAUGA